AUGAACGACGAGAUUGAUGACAAAGGGGUUUCAGCCCACGAGGAAAUCAAUCGUCUGAAUCUUCCACCCACGCCGCACAAAUUCAAGUUUUCGGCGAAGUCCAAGUCCCAAGAUGGUGACAUUGCCUUGCGGCUCUUUGCCAACGUCGACGACCUCCACGAGCCAAUCGAGCCUGAAGAAGAGAAGAAGCUCAUCCGGAAGAUCGACCUUCUCAUUUUGCCCCUGAUCGCUGUCAACUAUGCCUUCUUCUACAUCGAUAAGACAACGCUCUCGUAUGCCGCGAUCUUCGGAAUCCGAGACGACCUGAAGCUUCAUGGCACACAGUACAGCUGGCUGAGUAGUCUGUUCUAUUUUGGCUUCUUGGCCUGGGCAUUUCCCACAAACUUUCUCAUGCAAAGAUUGCCGUUGGGCAAAUACGUCGGCUUCAAUAUCUUCCUCUGGGGCAUUUUCUUGAUGCUCCAAGCCGCCUGCAACAGUUUCGCGACUCUAGGUGUACUUAGAGUCCUGGCUGGAAUGGCCGAAAGCUGCUCAGAUCCCUCGUUCUUGUUGAUCACGCAGAUGUGGUAUACUCGCAAAGAACAGCCCCUGAGGAUCGGUCUAUGGUACACGGCCAACGGUGCCGGGAUUGCUCUCGGUGGACUUCUCGGCUAUGGCAUCGGCCACAUUAGAGGCGCCCUGGCAUCAUGGAGAUAUGAGUUCCUCAUCAUCGGCGCCCUGUGUUGCAUCUGGGGAAUCGUCAUUGGAAUCUUCAUGCCCGAUUCUCCCGUGACAGCCAAGUUCCUGAAUCAGCGCGAGAAGCGGAUUGCCGUGGAGCGACUAAAGAGCAACCAGACGGGUACGCCGCUGGCUGACUCUCCUUGGCAGCGGUAUCAAGUGGUCGAAGCCUUCAGCGACAUUAAGCUUUAUCUCUUCUUUUUGCUCGGGGUGGUCGGCAACAUCCCGAACGGCGGUAUUUCGAAUUUUGGAACACUCAUCAUUAAAGGCUUCGGCUUCUCCACGCUUGUGACGACGCUGAUGCAAAUCCCAUAUGGCUGCUUCAUCAUUAUCUCGAUCUUGACGUGUGUCUACCUGAACGACCGGUUCGAAAACAGACGGUGCCUCUUCAUUCUGAUUUUCCUAUGCCCCAACAUUGCAGGAGCGUUUGGACUGCGGUUCGUCCAUGAAUCCCACCACGUUGGUCGGUACUUCUGCUACUUGCUGACCGGGCCGUACAACGCGGCGUUCGUGAUGAUCCUGUCACUCCAGACCGCCAAUACGGCAGGGCACACCAAGAAGGUGGUGACCAACGCGGUGCUGUUUCUCGGUUACUGCACAGGCAACAUCGCAGGUCCGUUUUUCUACAAGACCAACCAGGCCCCAGGGUACGAGUUGGGGAUUUGGAGUAUGAUUGUUAGCCAUCUUCUCGAGGUUGUCGUCAUAAUCACAUUCUGGAUCCUGAUGAGUGCGGAGAACCGUCGCCGCGAUAAGAUCCAGGCUCAAGAGGAAGGUGGACUCGAGGGCCGAGACCUUGACGCCACGGCGUUCGGUGACCUGACGGACCGGGAGAACUUGAACUUUCGGUAUAUCUACUAG